AUCCACUCUCCCUCCCUUCGACAGCCCCCACCGUCUGAAUCAUUUCAAUCUUUCGCAUUUAGGGUGUAUCGUGCAUCGUCGACAUAGAUUUCGAAGUCAUCGACCCUUCACUCAUUUGUUCCCCUCGAGCCCGUUACCGCCUGCAACGUCAUCAUGGCCGACGGAAGCGUGUUGAAGGCCGAGAAGGACUACAGCAAGGAUGCCGACAAGCUGAUUCCGGAGGCGGAGCAGUUGGCAAAGACCGAUGUGCAGGGUGCCAUCGAUAAACUCUUGGUUCUGGAGAAACAAGCGCGACAGGCCUCGGAUCUGCCGACCACCUCCCGCCUGCUUAUCACCAUCGUCACACUGAGCAAGAACUCCGGCGACUGGGGUCUUCUCAACGACCAGGUCCUCCUCCUCUCCAAGAAACAUGCCCAGCUGAAGCAGGCGAUUACGCGAAUGGUCCAGGUGGUGAUGGGAUUCCUGGAGGAGACGCCCAACCUGGAUGUGAAGCUGUCUGUCAUUCAAACCCUGCGGACAGUGACGGAAGGGAAGAUCUUCGUUGAAGUCGAGAGAGCCCGCGUGACCCGCAUCCUAUCGAACAUCAAAAAGACCCAAGGCGAUAUCAACGCGGCGGCCGACAUCCUGUGCGAGUUGCAGGUGGAGACAUUCGGGUCGAUGACCCGACGGGAGAAGACGGAGUUCAUUUUGGAACAGGUGGCGCUGUGCAUAGAGCGGGGUGACUGGACGCAAGCCACCAUCUUGAGUCGCAAGAUCAACAGACGGUACUUUGCGCGCAAGCCCAAGAAGAGCGCCGAGGAGAUCGAGAAGCGGAGGAAGGAGGCUGAGGAGCGCGAGAAGACUCGGGCACCGGACGAGGCUCCUAUGGAGGUUGAUGACGACGUGACCGACCUCAAGCUCCGCUACUUUGAGCAACAGAUCAUCCUCGCCAACCACGACUACAAGUACCUGGAAGUGUGCAAACACUACCGAGAGGUCCUGGACACGGAGUCGGUCCAGGACAACCCGGAGCAGCUGCGAGCGGUACUGGCCCGGAUCGUAUAUUACAUCACCCUGGCUCCAUAUGACAACGAACAGUCGGAUCUGCUGCACCGCAUCCUGCAGGACACUCGGCUGUCGACAGUCCCGGCCGAAGCGCGACUGAUCAAGCUCUUCACGACGCCCGAACUGAUGCGCUGGCCGAUCGUGGCCAAGCAAUUCGGGCCGCACCUGUGCGAGACGGAUGUCUUCAGCCCGGAAGCCAGCCAGUCGAGCGAGGACCAGUCGUUCCAGCGGUGGCAGGACCUGAAGAAGCGGGUGAUCGAGCACAACGUGCGCGUGGUGGCCAAGUAUUACACUCGCAUCCAGAUGGGCCGGCUGACGGAGCUGCUGGACCUGACGGAGGAGGAGACGGAGAAGUACAUCAGCGACCUGGUGACGCUCAAGACGAUCUACGCGAAGAUCGACCGCCCGGCGCGACUAGUCAGCUUCUCCAAGCCGCGCGAUGCGGACGAUGUCUUGAACGAAUGGAGCAGCGACAUGAAGAGCCUGCUGGGGCUGCUGGAGCGGAUCGACCAUUUGAUCACGAAGGAGGAGAUGAUGGCUCGAAUCCUUCCGACCCGGGAGAAGAGCAAGGCUCGUUAGAUAGAGCGCCGAGCAGGCGGGUACAAGUAAACGACAGUAGAACAGGAUAAUGGAA